GUCACUCGGUGUGUUGGGCGCCGCGUAGUCAUGUGAUGUGUUAUCGUGUUUUUUUUUAUAAUAACAAAAAUUACGACUCCACGAGAUGAAGGAAUCAGCAACACGAUGCCUCUGAAGGACCAACAUCACAUGAAAAACCAAUGUUUACACAACGAAACCGCAACCGAAUACGAACGAACGAAUAAAAAUUAAAAAUUAAGUAACAAUCUGACAGACAAAUAAUGUGUUCAUUUCCUAACUCAUACGGUGAUAUUAAAACGGUCUAAAAUAAACGCUACUAUAUUCUUUUUAAUUCUAAUUAAUUUAAUUUUCAAAUAAAACUUAAACGCUGCACGGCCUUACAGCGGGAAAGAGACAGAGCUGCGCUCCGAAAAUAGUGCGUUCGAAAAUAGAGAAAAAAUGUCGAGCUCGUCUUCAGUAUCCGGAGAGGCGGCGGACGGGAACGCUGCCCGAUGGUGGCGCACACCAUGGAAAACUAUGGCCGAUUUAGCGGAAGCCGUUGACGACUUCAUAUGCAGUUUCGAUUAUAUGGACACAGCUAUGGACAAUCUAGUCAUGCUUAUAUUCGUUUGGAUGCUCUUCUCCAUAGUGCUUCUCGGCAUCGCUAAAUGGGCGUACGGGAAGUACGUGAUAAAGACCGCGGAGGUCGAAACGAAGACUGUAAAAACGAACGAUGAACCGAAAAAAUCCACAGCGAACGAAAUCAUUAACAGUGCCGACACAGUGCUCGCGACCAGUGCUAAAGUUAAGGCCAACUCAUUCACCGCCAUCAAGCCGAAGCCGAGUGGGUUUGUGCCCGCGACGCCGCCUAAUAAGAAACGCAUCGGCCGCAUGUCUCCCGGCCCUGACCAGUUAACUUUGAAAAAACACCAAAGUAUCAUUGUGCCCACAUGCACGGGCCCAGACCAGCCCAGCGUGCAGUGGGUUAACGAACUAUUGACGUGGUUAUAUAAUGACCUUGUUAUUGUGAAUGAACUAGUGCAGCAAUGGAUUGUGUCCAUGAACGAGUUCUCCAAGAAGUCCGUCGAGGAGCAAGGCAUCGGCGUGGAGUUGGUGCGCGCGUUGGAGAGCCACCCACCCUCCGUUACCAACGUGUUCUGCGAGUGCGACUCCAAAGAUGAUGUCACUAUCACUUGUGACUGCGAUGCCACACCUGCCUUCCAGCUGAAGGCGUUCAGCCAGAGGGGGGAGAAGGUGGAGGUAUCACACUACAGAGUCAACGUGAACAAAUUUCGCGCUCGCCUUAACGUUAUAUGCAUUACUGAGAAGCUGACCGGUGAACUGAAGUGUGAUGGGUGGCCAGAAGUCAAGGUCGCGUUGGCUCCGGUCGGACCACUCAGACCUAACGCCACAGAGAGUAAUCUGCAGACUGCCAUCAGCGACAUUGUGGUGUCCGCACUCCGCAACAGCCGGCUGGAGUUCAACCUGUCUCCGUGGCCGACCUGCCCGCGCCUGCGCCGCCACCACGACGCGGGCCCGCGCCUGCCGCUGCACUACGACUCCAUGCUCCAACAUGACAGGCAGAUGUACACUUCGACUCCGAACUCCACGGCGGGCAGUAUACAGCUUCUCGGUGACAAAAGACUUCUUGUUAAAGUCGUCGCAGCUAAAGAUCUAGGAGGUAAGAGCGGAUGUAUCGCUCCGUACUGCGUAGUAGAGAUGGAUGAGCCUCCACAGAAGAACCAGACCGCCUUCAAGAAGGACACCACCUGUCCACAGUGGGAGGAACACUUCCUAUUCGAUCUCUCAGCUCAAACUGCUGAACUUCUGUUCGAAGUUUAUGACCGAACAGGACCGCCUUCACCAGGGGGUGGAUCUUCUCAGCAUAGAUUCCUAGGUUUAGGUUUAGUGGGUAUCGAUGAGUUACUGGCGGCACCAUCACAGAGGCAGCAGAUCGCGUUACAAACGAGACCAAUGGAACAACAUGACGUAUCUGGCACGCUCACUGUUGAGUUCCUCUUUAUAGAAGGCGCCGACAUACCUGAUAUGGGUUCGAAGCCUCUCAAGAUCAAGGAGAGUCUGCGGACAGUGUCACCGCACGGACAGACACUCACCACUACUAAGACUGUCUUCAAGCAAAACGGCCAUGACAGUGCGCAGUUGACUGAAUCAGCUCUAAGGGAAUUACAGCUGAGCCCCACCAGCGCCGCCAACAAGUCCACGCUCAUCAUACACUCCGUGCAGAGGGAGCCGAAGAAAUCUAUCAAGGUUGAACUAACCGACUCCGGCAAAUUCGUCGAAGUCGAACGCGAAGCUGCAGAGAGCGAGCAGCCUCAGGAACGGACCAUAGAUAAAAUCGACGAGGAGGUUCCAAAGAAAACCGUUAGCCCUAACGCGUCCCCCGGGAAAACUGUAAGGAUUAAAGAAAACGGUGAUAAAACGACAGAGAACGGAGACGUGCAAGGCGAUUACGUGAACAACCAACGAGACACUGCCCCGGAGCCCGCGCCCCGGCAGAAGAGGAGAAGAGACUUCUUUGGCACCAUCAAAAGAAGACUGGGCCGGUCGCGCACGCGCGGCGCGUCGCUGGACCUGCCCGACGCGGACGCGGGCGCGGGCGCGCACGUGCGCAGCAUCAGCGCGGAGAGGAACACGCACGAUAAAGCCCUAUCCGUGCCCAAUAGAAAUGUAUAUUCCGCGGGCGCGUCCCCCGCGCAGUCAGGCGAUGAAUCCAGGACAUCCAGAAGGUCCUCUCUCAGUGAAAUGUCCGGUUUCUCGACCGCCUCAGCGAGGACGUUCAUCCACGAAGCGUCCACGCUGGUAUUGGAGACGAUAGAGGCGGGAAUAAAGAAACACUACUUGGUGCCACUGACCGUCGCGCAGAGAUCAAGAUGGCGGCGGAAGGGGGUCAAAUUGCACAUUUACAACGAGCACACGUUCAUCGCUAAACACCUUAGUGGUGGUACCGUGUGCGAGGUGUGCAACAAGACGAUAGCGCGUCGGCUCGGCAAGCAGGGCUACGAGUGCCGCGACUGCUGCCUGCGCUGCCACAAGCACUGCCACGUGCGCGUGCCCGCCGUCUGCCACGCCUCCACCGUGCACAAUAUGGAGCUGACGUACAUUUCAUCGCCGUACACCGAUAAGAAUAUAAGAAUGUUGUGAUUUUUUCAAAUAAUAAUCAUAAAACGCUUGGAUAAUGCACAAAACAGCAUCACGUUUACCAUAUAUACUUAAAAAAUUACUUAAUUUAUAAUUUGUAAAACAUAAUAAUAUACAUAUACUACAUCUUUAUAAGUACAACACAUGUACGCUAUUGUCGUAUAGGCUUUUUUACAAAUGAUAUUUAUAAUAAUUAUUAAAUGUUAUAUUAAAAAACCAUAGUUUUAAGAAUAUAACGGAGUAGAUGAGGCCCUAAAUAUGUUACUGUAUUAAAAGUUACAUUUUAAAACAUCCACUUUCAAUCACUGGACAUCGGCAUAUAUUAGUGUUAGAUAUUUAUAGGUAUCGCUAGAAAACAAUACCAUCGGCGCCAUUUUGUUUUGUCUGUGAACAGCAAAAUAAAACAAACGGUAACUAUUUUAAAACUGUUUGAAUACCUGUGACUAAAAGCGAGAUAUUUUUUCCUUUAAAAAAAUCUCUACCUCAUUUCGAAUGAUACAUUAUCUGAAGUUACCAGUUAAUUUAAUACUAAUUUGUUUUCUUUUUGUUGAUUUAUGAUAAAUAAAUUUUAUUGUGAAAAUAGGUGCUUUGGUUAACUCUAAAUUUUUUUUAAUCUAAAGCCAUUCGAAAAAUCCCCUACCAUCAUGGGAUUAUCCAAAGCACUGUAUAGUAAUUAUUGAUGUAUAAUAUUUAUUUUAGUGACUUAAAGUGCUUUUUUGCACAAAUUGUGAUCUGAUAAAUGUUUAUUAUUAAUGUGCAAUACGUUGUAAUGUAAUCACUAGCGCUUGGAGCUUGAAUUCUAAAUGAAAUAAUUGUGUACUGUAGAUCAUGGACUAAUUUAGAUGUAAUCUUAUAUUUGGCCAUAAUUUACCGUGACCACCUGAAACUUCAAUCCAAAUAGAUUUUAUAACUGUAAGUUUGAUAUGUGGUAUGGUUUUUGUUUAGGCUGAAUGACUGAUGUUACCCUUGACUAUUAAUGUUUUGUGCCUUCUUCGGAUUUUGAUAUUUGAAAUAGAAAACACAUUUUUUUUUUAUACUUAAGAUUUGGCAGUAUGUCUUAGUUCCUUCACCUAUGCCAAAGGUGUUGUUUAUUUUUUGUAAAGUUACCAAUUCAAAGGCAAUAUUUUAAGUAAACGAGUGGGAAGUAAUUUUUUUUUUUUCUAGAAAACCCCGUGAUAUUUAAUUUAGUAAUAAGUAAUACUUUUUGGCCCCACAAAACAUUUUUAGUGCAUAUUUUAAUAUAAAGACGCUAUUCAAUAUAAUAAUUACAUGACAAGUCUGUUUUUCUUUGGAUGUAUAAAUAAUUAAAGUCCUAAUAAAACUUGUUUAUAUGCGCAAUGUGUUUUCAGCCUAAAUUUAAUUUUCCUCUUUUUUAAUAAAAUGCAUUUUUU